AUGUCCGACAACGACUCGAUAUCAGUCCGCAUCUCGGAGGAUUGCCCUCCCGGGAUCCAGCGCAUGCUUACAGCAGCUUGGGCCCAUGAUGUCAAGACAGUCAACCAGCUGAUUGACACGCCCGAAGUCGCCAGAGGCCAGGACCCCAAGACCGGCGAGUCUCCCCUGCACGCUGCCAUCCGCUCAUGCGGUCCUCCUUCUGAAGAUGACACUCCCGAGGACCUUGAAGCAGCCAAGGCUACCGUCUCUGAGCUGCUCAUGUGGGGUGCCAUCUGGAAUGACGUUGACAACAACAACGAGACUCCCGGCUGUGUUGCUGCUCGUCUGAACAGGCCUGAGCUGUAUGAGCUCUGCGUCAACGCUGGUGUGAGGGCCGAGAUGUUAUUUGGUCUGAUGGAUGGGUAUGAGGCUUUGGAUAGCGAUGAUGAGGAUGAGGAGAUGGCCGAGGGUGACGAGGUCCAGGCUGAAGACGGCGAGGAAGCUCCUGAGCUCGUCGCUGCGGAAGAGGCCGAGGUUGCGCAAAAGGAAGAGGCGAAUGCUGAGGAAGAGAAGCCUGCUAUCUUCCAACCACCUGCGGUCAAUCUCGAAGAGCAAGUCACCAGCGACAAGUACCUCCGGUCCACUGUUGCCUACACCGACGGCAAGCUGGUCGACGACGCCGGAAACGGUGUCAUGAUGGCCUGGGAAACCGAUAUCAUGCGUCGCAGCGUUGACGCCCUUCUCCCUAAUAAGGAGCCCGGCAAGAGGAUCCUCAACAUCGGCUUCGGCAUGGGUAUCAUUGACGGCAUGUUCGCCGAGACCAAGCCUGCCGUCCAUCACAUCAUCGAGGCCCAUCCCGAAGUUCUCGAGUACAUCUCCACCCCGGAAUCCAAGUUCGAUUCCACCUGGGAAGAGAGCGGACCUGUUCCUGGUGCCUACAGAGUCUGGGAGGGCAAGUGGCAGCAGAUUGGCCUCCAGCUGCUGGAGGAGGGCCAUGUCUACGAUGCCAUCUACUUUGACACCUUCGGCGAGGACUACGGUCAGCUGCGCAUGUUUUUCACCGAGUACAUCCCUGGUCUGCUUGACUCCAACGGCGUCUUUGGCUUCUUCAAUGGUCUCGGAGCUGAUCGUCAGAUUUGCUACGAUGUUUACACCAAGGUCGCUGAGAUGCACCUUGCUGAUGCCGGCCUGGACGUGGAGUGGAAGGAGAUUUCUGUCGACAUGAAAGAACUGGCUGAGGCCGACAAGGACGGAUGGGAGGGUGUCAAGAGGAGGUACUGGACUCUUGAUACAUACCGCUUGCCCGUGUGCACAUUCCUCGGAUAA